GGCGGAGGAGGAGGCGGCCCGUCUGCGGCUGCUGCGGCUGCUGCUUGGUCCGGCUGGGCUGCUGGAAGGGAGGCCAUGCAGGCUCGCUAUUCGGUGUCCAGCCCCAACUCGCUGGGAGUGGUCCCUUACCUCGGGGGCGAGCAGAGCUACUACCGGGCGGCUGCCGGAGGAGGCUACGCGGCCAUGCCGGCCCCCAUGAGCAUGUACUCAACUCACCCGGCCGCUCAUGAGCAGUACCCGGGCGGCGGCGGCGGAGGCGGCGGGGGCCCCGGAGGCAUCGGCCGGCCCUACGGCCCGUACCCACCGCAGCCGCAGCCCAAGGACCUGGUCAAGCCGCCCUACAGCUACAUCGCGCUGAUCACCAUGGCCAUCCAGAACGCGCCCGAGAAGAAGAUCACGCUCAACGGCAUCUACCAGUUCAUCAUGGAGCGCUUCCCCUUCUACCGGGACAACAAGCAGGGCUGGCAGAACUCCAUCCGGCACAACCUCUCGCUCAACGAGUGCUUCGUCAAGGUGCCCCGCGACGACAAGAAGCCGGGCAAGGGCAGCUACUGGACGCUCGACCCGGAUUCCUACAACAUGUUCGAGAACGGCUCUUUCCUCCGCCGCCGCCGCCGCUUCAAGAAGAAAGACGCCGUCAAGGACAAGGAGGAGAAGGAGCGGCUCCAGCUGAAGGAGCCGCCGAGGCACCAGCCGCCAGAGGGAGGCCAGCAACCGCAGCAGCAGCAGCAGCAGCAGCCGCCUCCCCCCGUCCGGCUCCAGGACAUCAAGACGGAGAACGGCUCGGCGUCCCCCCCGCAAGCCUUGUCCCCGCUGGGAGGAGCGCCGGUGCCCAAGAUCGAAAGCCCCGGGAGCUCCAGCACCAGCAGCCUCUCCAGCGGAGGAGGAGGAGGAGGAGGAGGAGGAGGGGGCAGCCCGCGCGGGGGGGGCCCGAGCGCUGGGCUUGGACCCCAGCGGAGCAGCCGAGCCCCAGCCGCAGAGCCAGCACCACCCCCA